AUGGAGCUGAGCAAGAAGAAGCUGCACGCCCUGUCCCUGGCCGAGAAGAUCCAGGUGCUGGAACUCCUGGACGAGUCCAAGAUGUCCCAGUCGGAAGUGGCGCGGCGCUUCCAGGUGUCCCAGCCCCAGAUCUCGCGCAUCUGCAAGAAUAAGGAGAAGCUGCUGGCCGACUGGUGCAGCGGCACGGCCAACCGCGAGCGCAAGCGCAAGAGGGAGUCCAAGUACAGCGACAUCGACGAGGCCCUGCUCUGCUGGUACCACAUCGCCCGCGCCAGGGCCUGGGACGUGACGGGGCCCAUGCUGCUCCACAAAGCCAAGGAGCUGGCCGACCUCAUGGGCCAGGACUUCGUGCCCAGCAUCGGCUGGCUGGUCCGCUGGAAACGCCGCAACAACGUGGGCCUCGGGGCGCGCCACGCCCCCUCGUCUCCGCUCGCCCCGGAGCCGCCCCCGCCCCCGCCGCCCCUUUCCCUGAAAGACUUCGCCCCAGAGGACGUUUUCGGCUGUGCCGACGUGCCCUUGUUCUACCGCGCGGUGCCCGGCCGAGGGGGUGCCUGCGACCAGGUUCGCGUGCUGCUGUGUGCUAACAGCCGGGGCACGGAGAAGCGGCGGCUGCUGGUGGGAGGGCGCCAGGCCACCCCGAGGUGCUUCUUCGGGGUCAGCAGCGAGGCCCUGCCAGCCUCCUACCACCCUGAGCUGGGCAUCCCCUGGGUCGAGUGGUUGGCACAGUUUGACCGGGACAUGGGGCGGCAGGGCCGCCGGGUGGCCCUGCUGCUGGCCUCGGGGGCGGUGGAGGAGUGGGCCAGCCUGCCUGGGCUGUGCCACGUGCGCCUCUUGCGCCUGGCCGCCACCAGCACGCCGCCUUCCCUGCCCAGCUCCGUGGUGCGGGCAUUUAAAGCCCAUUACCGGCGUCGCCUGUUGGGCAAGCUGACUGCGGUGCAGAGCCAGAGGGGCAGCACGAUCUCCCUGGCAGAGGCCGGGCUGGGCAUCACCGUGCUGGACGCGCUGCACCUAGCGGCGGCGGCCUGGGCCAAGGUGUCGCCUCAGCUCAUUCUCAGCAGCUUCAUCCAGGAAGGGCUGGCGCCGGGCAAAAUGCCCACGUCCCGGGACCGAAACGCUGCGCUGCCGCCGGCGCCCCGCGGGCUGAGCCUGGAGGAGUUUUCCCGCUUCGUGGACCUGGAGGGCGAGGAGGAGCCCAGCCCUGGCCCUUGCAAACAGGAGACGGGCUCUGAGGACGGGGAGGGGCGCCUGGAGGACGGAGUCGGGUCCCUGCCCACCAAGACCGACGCCCUCCGCGCCCUGGGCACGCUCCGGCGCUGGCUCGAGGCCCACGGCGCGCCCGUGGGAAUCUUCCAGAAGUUCUACGCCUGCGAGGAGGAGGUGGAGCGGCUCUGCGGCCUGUGA